AUGGCUUGCGCGCAGAUUGCUGCACUCUUCUCCCGUGCAGUCCCAUGCAUAAUUCAUCCAGCUUUUGGUGAGUUCCUUGAUCUCAGCAGCGCCAAGGCUCUUGAACAAGUCAAAGUUGUGAGCCAUGAAACCAAUCCGCAAUACAUUGCCUUUGGCAAAACAAUUGGAGAUUUCGCUCCCCACUUCAUCCACAACGCCAGCGUAAUCGCAUCCCAUUCGGCAUCCAACAUUCGCCGCACCAUGAGUGAUGAACACGUUUCCAGUCCGUGGGAUCACUAG